CCGACAGCUGUUUUCCCAUUUGUUUUAUAUUGGAGACCUAUGACUCUUCAAAAUAUUAGUGUUGAAAAGACUGAAGAAUGAUGGCUGUGGAGGCAAGCUUGAGAAUAAUGACCAGGGUCUUCAGGAGAGAAUGUCACAGGGUUUUAGACUCUGAGAGGACCACCAUUCAAGGGGCCGAUGGGAUGCUGAUGGUCCUACAGCUUGCUAUGGCUGAGGUUAACAAGCAGGAACAUGGAGACUUUGGUGCAGCUUUGAGUGAAGCGUUGGCUGCCUGGAAAUACUUCCUUCUGGAUAAGCUCCAGCUAUCCCACAAAGAUAUGCCCCUUCCGCCAAACUAUGACCUCAUACGAAAAGAGUAUGACUGCUUUUUGAAACUUACCAAUACUGUGGACUUGAUUGACGUCUUCAUUAUGUUCAAGGAGCUUCGGAUGAAUGAGGAUCCAGAGGAGCCUGUAACCGCUAUGCAGAUGUUUGAGUUUCUGAGUGGUGACAUUCAGAGCUCAGCGAAUGUGGAUUUUCUUCCUUUGUGCCCAGCAACUCCAUCUAAUAAGGCUGGAAUCUGCAGUCCACAGAUACAGAGAGUUGUCAGGAGAGUUUUCUGUUCAUAUCUAGGCCUUUUGAUAAACUCCAAGAAUGACCUGGCUGUUGCAUACACUCUAGACAAUCCCAGUCGUUCUUUAGGACACAUUGCCUUCACUGACCUCAGGCAUGCUGCCCGCAACAGCACCUCAUCUCUUUUCCUGACAGUGACAUCGUUUGUCAGAGCCAUACAGCUAGGAGGAAAGGGGUACGCUCCACCUGAGUCUGACCCAUUAAGGAAGCAUGUAAAAGGCCUAACAGAAUUUAUAAAUUUUGUCGACCAGCUUCAAGAAAUCUUAGGGGAAACCUCUAAUCCAAUAGAAGCUGGAUUUAAGCUGGUGACUAGUAUUAGAACUGCUCUGGUCAAAGGCCGCAGUGGUGGAGACCCAGUGUAUGUUGCAGCAGAUGGCACAGCCAAGGAGCUCAAGGAAAAAAUAAGUCAAAUACACGCCACACAGACACAGUCAGCAAUUGGCACAGGGAUCAGUCCAGCAAGGCCCAAAGCUUAUGCUAUUAACCAUUCCACUGCGUAUGGGGGCCGAGAGACUGUCAAGGUUCUGAUUGCCCUGUUGGAUGAAGAGGCACUAGCGCUGCCCUGCAGGAACAAGGCAGAACUGCUCUCUGAAGACCAUGCUGUUCUUAAUGGGAGUACCGGAGCUUGUCUCCUCACUCUAUACAAAUCUCCAGAUGCUCCCACGGGAUCUUCUCCAAAGCCUUUAUUGAACCGCGUCUGCAGCCAACAAGAACAUAUCGUAUCCAAGACACUGCGGCCAACCAUCCGCUCUCAGUUUGCUUGUACUUACAAACAUGAUGAUCUGCCCCUCAACCGGGUGUUGGAGUUUCCCAGUACCAGUCAGCUUCCCACCUGUGUGCACCCUGCACCCAAACAAACCAACUCUGCAACUAUGGAGGAAGAGCAGGACCCCCCUGGGAUGGAUGACAGACUCUCAGUGAAUAUGGACUCUGAGGCCACUAUCAUGAGGCGUGAAGGUCCCAGCCAAUCCGCUCUGGGGGAACAUAGUGGAAAUGCUUGGAACAGAGCAGGUGGGAAGAAGAUCCAGCCAGCACAGCACAGAAGAGCAGCCGAGACAUCCAAGAGAAAGCUUGCCAACAGGGAUUGCACGGAGCAGGGAAGCGAAGAGAACCAGCCCCCUCAAAAGAGACCCCCUGCCAAAGUUCCCAAUGGAGGUCCAGGGAAAAAGAACACUAAAACUGCCAGCAAAAAGCUCAUCGUUGGUCAGGGUCAGAACAUAAAGUGUUCAAUCAGUGGAGAGGAACAAGAAAAUGAACUUUGGGAUGCUUACGGUCCAUGUUCUUCCUGUUCCCAUCACCUGUGCUACGCCGCUCAUCUCUCGCACUGAAUUCAUCCAGAGCAUAAUCCAUUUCACGGAGAGGCAGCACAGGGAAUGUGCUUGGGAAGGCAAAGUUGGCCUCCCUACCAGUAGACCCCUUUAUCCC